UAACCCCUGGGGGGAGGGGUGCAUUAAAGGGGCUGGAGGCGUCGGUGCCCCACCCCGCGGGUGGGUAGCUCCGCCCCGCCCCAAGAUGGCUGCCACCAUGAAGAAGGCGGCUGCGGAGGAUGUCAAUGUUACUUUUGAAGAUCAACAGAAAAUUAACAAAUUUGCCAGAAAUACCAGCAGGAUCACAGAGCUGAAAGAAGAAAUAGAAGUGAAAAAGAAACAACUUCACAAUUUGGAGGAUGCAUGUGAUGACACUAUGAUGCUCGAUGAUGAUGAUUCACUUCUGAUACCGUAUCAGAUUGGAGAUGUCUUCAUCAGCCAUUCCCAAGAGGAGACGCAAGAGAUGUUGGAAGAAGCAAAGAAAAACUUACAAGAAGAAAUAGAAGCAUUAGAAUCUAGAGUGGAAUCAAUUCAGAGGAUAUUAUGUGAUUUGAAAGUACAGCUUUAUGCAAAGUUUGGGAACAACAUAAACCUUGAAGCAGAUGAUAGUUAGAUGUUUUCCAAGUAGACUAUAUACAUUUUUUUUUAAUUGAUUGGUUAAAUAAUGAGCCUUGGCAGUUCCCUUCUUCCAAUAAUGUUUAAAAAAUAUCCCACAAAUUUUAUUGUUUUUAUGAGUUUCCAGUCAUGGGUUUCACCUAUUUAAAGAAAGCUUUCUUAUUUGACAGACCUGCAGUUAUUUAUUUGUUUAAAAAAAAACAAUUGCCUUUCAAAUAUAAUUGGUAGAGCAUCAAUAUUGGAAUCUUUAAAGGCUGUUUGUUAAAAUAAUAAUAAAGAUAAGCAACUGUAACACUU